CAGCUCACCUGUGCGUCAGGUAAGGCCCCGCUGUGGCUCCUCCCCCUCCUCUGUGAGGACGCGCAGCUCGGUGCCACGACGCAGAGCAGAUUUUUUUAUCCCGCAGCUCAGACGCCCCUCUCGGGUCUGUUUCUAUCUUUUGACUUGUCACCAUGAGCACCGUGGCCUCAGAGAGCGUGUUUUAUUCCACCAUACAGCCCCACACCUCGGUCACCACCUACGCCCUGCCGUCGGACAUGCAGAUUGGGAAUGGAGGCUCCCUGUCGGACGAGGCGGCCAGGUCGCGGCGCGUGCAGCAGCAGAUCCAGAUGAGACUGGCAGAGAAGUCCACUCUGCCGCGCCAGAAUGGGUCCGCCUCACACUACGCCAUGUCAGACUAUGGUGGUUCGUCCACAAUGAAAUACAGCACCUACACCCCAAGUUAUAGCUCAAAAUCUUCCUAUAUGUACUCAGGCACCAAAACAAUGGGUCCUCGCGUGUCCCAGAGGCAGGAGUUCAGCUGCCGCUCUGCAGCACCGGACCUGGCCCACUUUCAGAGGAUGAGCGUAGGGGGAGGCGGAGGCGGUGGAGGUUUUUACCAAGAAGAAGUACGUAUGGGCGGCGGUGGAUACCAAGCAGGCAUGAGACAGCCGAGCAGAGGGGACCAAGAAGUCAUGACCAUGCAUUCGAUUCGAAACAUGCCUGCUGGGAAUCCCUGGAUGGUCGAUAACAGCGAUGCGGGCAGCAUGGUCUCCGAACGCGACGGCAUCUUCGGCCGUCAGUACGCUCAGAGCGCAGUGAACGGCUUCACUGGACAAGUGAGGCAAGGAGGCUUCAACACGAUGACCCAGCAGGGCAUGCGCCGGUCUCAGAGUGGCACCCUCACCCGCAGCACCGGGAUGAUGGGAGGAGGAGGCGGGGGAGGAGGAGGAACUGAAGUAUUCCAACAGCAGCAGUCCUUUAAAGGCCCGGCCUUCCGCACGAUCAGCAGGAUCACAAACCGGAACCGGUCGAGCGUUGGCUCCGUGUCCGGGAACCAGAUGACCGCGAGCGCCAGCAACAUGGGGGCAGGAGGAGGAGACCGAGUGGAUGGAGGAGGUUUUAUGAUAUCCAACUUGUCUGGUUCUCAGGGGAACCUCAUGCUGCAGCGUCAAGGAAACUUGGCCCGCAGCAUGUCGAUCAGAAGCAUGCAAAGUGUCGGCAGGGGUAUGGACAUCUACGGAGGGCAGAUGGAACUGGGGGCCAGCAAUGGCAACCUGAGCGGGAUCCAGAACAUCAAUAUGGAGGAAGCAAUACAAUAUCUGAAAGAGGACGACCCUGAGUUGCAGGUCUUGGGUGCAGCCUACAUUCAGCAUCAGUGCUACAAUGAGAAAACGGCAAAAGAAGAGGUGCGUAACUUACAAGGUAUCGAACCACUGGUGAAGCUAUUCAACAGCCCCAACCAGGAUGUGCGGCGUUACGCCACUGGUGCCAUGCGCAACGUCAUCUACGAGAACAAGGAAAACAAGGUGGUCCUAAUCGACAAGCAGGGCAUCCCAGAGCUGGUCAAGGCGCUCAGCGAGCCUGAUGAUGACCUUCACAAAAACAUCACAGGUAUCCUGUGGAAUCUGUCAUCCAAGGAGAACCUGAAAGCAGAGCUGGCCAAGCAGAUUGUACCAAGACUUACUGAGAAGAUUAUUGCCCCUGCGGCAGAAAGAGAGUUGGAAGAUGCUGCAAGAUAUUUGGAAGGUUCUGACAGGGUCAUGGAGAGCCCCUCUCAGGCAGAGAUAUUCUGCAACACCACAGGAUGCCUCAGGAAUGUAAGCUCUGCUGAUGAGAAGACCCGUCAGCAGAUGCGAGAAACAAAAGGACUGGUGGAUUCUUUGGUUAACUAUAUCAAAGCCUCCAUAGACAAGUGUAAGGCAGAGGAAAAGGGGGUGGAGAACGCUAUGUGCAUCUUGAGGAACCUCUCAUACCAGCUCUACGCUGAAUUACCUCCAUCGGUUGCUUCUCAACUAAAGCGAGACCAGGAUGAGAACGAGAACAGCUCAUCUGUCGGCUGCUUCUCACCUCGGAGCAAAAAGGCCAAAAGUAAAAAGAAGUUUAUGCCCACAUUUGCUGAACUUGCAAAGGAGGUAAAGGGAUUACAAUUGCUCUAUCACCCUUCUAUUGUAUCCGUCUACCAUAACAUCCUAAAAUCAUGCGAGAUCAAUGGUACCACACGGGAGUCAGCCACUGGCGCUCUGCAGAACAUCACAGCUGGAGAUACGAGUUCCGCUUCCAGGCUUGCCAACUGGGCUUUGGAGCAAGAGAAGAUUGAGUCAACCCUGAUUGAUCUCAUGCGCACAGAGAGGGAUUCAGAGCUGCGUUCCCUCACAGGAUUGCUGAGGAAUCUGUCCCGACAUUCAGAAAACAAAGAUCAUCUCGCUACAAAGGUGGUGCCCUCAGUGAUAGAAAAGCUGCCAGAAGACGGCAAUCAGAAGACUCCCCAAGAUGAAGUGGUGACCAACCUCUGCGGCAUCCUCAACAACUUAGUCAUGCACAGCGAGGUGGCUGCCAGGGAUAUCUGCUUCUACAACGGCAUCAAUAAACUGAUGGGCAUCAAGACAAAACACGACACUAGCGUCAACAAGAUUAAACAAGCAAAAGCGGCAGGCACGGUCCUCGUCAACAUGUACAAUUACAAGAAACAACGCAAAGACUAUGCGAAGCAAGGGUGGCAGAAGAAGGAUUUUGUCGAUACUCUCUAAAAAGGGAACAAGGCUCUCUUUACCUGCAAGACUUGCUCAUAAGAUCACAAAGGGAAUUUUUUUUGACCAGCAGGAUCUAAAACGUUUUGUGCAACGCAGUGGACAUCACAGGAAAUGAACUACAAUAACAGCAGGACAAUGAAUGAACUUUUGUACUUAUGUCUGCACCUAAACCAUUCAUUCUAAACAGUUUGUAUAGUGUCUUAUCUGGGAUUUGUUUCCUCUGAACAGUAUGAAUUUAAUUAAGAGCGUUUUUAAUAAUGCUGGUUGACUUGUGCCCCCCUACUGUUGUAACACUACAACCAAAUACAAAAAAAUUUAAGGCACAUUUGUAAAUAUUUCUCAAUGUUUUGUAUUUUGUUCUACAUUUAAGACAUCUCAUUAUUCAAGUAAAAAUUAACAUUUGAGUGUAAAUUACAGAUUAAACAUGUAUAUAGAUUACAGGGAACACUUUACCAUUUGACUUUUAUAUUUACCUGUGCUUUAUAAAGCAUAAAAUCUGUUUUUUUAUAUAUAAAAUGCUGCAGUGAGAGAUCAGCUGGUGAAGUGUAAAGGUUUUUUUUUUUUGGCUUUGCUCCUAAAGUUCAUUUUAAGGUUUAUGAAUGAAAAUGUUGCAUAUUUGACCACCUUCUAGCGAUAUAACAUGGUACACAGAAAUUACUUUAAAUGUAUUUGUUAAAAAAUCUUUUUAGAAAAAUACAAAAAAUGUUGGAAUUGUAACAAUUUCUGCUCAGCGGUAUAAAUGGUGAUUGUAUGUUUGGGUUUUGGAAACUUGUUUUCUUUUCCAUGUUUUUCACAGAUGGAUGUAUCAUCUGAUUUAAUAAAUAAAAAGACGUUCUCUGAA